AUGGAACGCCCCAAACCCCAGGCCUUUCAAUCAUCCUACGCGCCCCGGCUGCGCGCCUACAACAACUCCCUGCUGACCCCCGUGCUGCCGAGCACGGCGCCGUUGGGCCCUCUCUCGAGAACGACCAAGCGAGGCACCACCAUCAUCAACUACGCCGAAGAUGGCUACGACGACCUGGAGGACGAUAGCGACGACCCUCGUCGACGCCCGACCGGCCUGCGCAGCCUGCGCAAGGAGGACUCGGCGUCGAGGCAGGACCUGGCCGACAGGGCCGGCAAGGACACCAAGCAGCCCGUCGAGGUCCAGGGCAUCUGGCGCGACUGGAUGGGCAAGAACCGGGCCAUGAAGAGCGACCAGCAAAACGCCGCGCAGGCGAGCCUGCCCCUCACCCUGAUCCCCAUACGCAUCGAUCUCGACAUUCCCGCCUUCUCUCCGCUGCCGGCCUUUCCUCCCCCAAACGCCGCUUCCGUCGACACGUCGCUGCCCCAGUACCGACACGGCGAGAUGACGGUCCCGUAUAAGUUGAGGGAUAUUUUCUGCUGGAACCUCCACGAGACGCUCAUCACGACCGACCAGUUCGCCCAGACCUUGGCCCAAGACCUCGAUCUGCCCAACCGGCCGCUUGUCGUGGCCGAAAUCAGCAAGCAAAUCAGGACCCAGCUGGAGGAGUAUGCCGGGGUCGCACUUCAUCCUCUGUUCCAUUCCGAGCAGUCUGCGCCGGCUCCCGCGCAGCAGGCGGCAGCCACCGUCAACGGCGCCAUCGGAGCCAACGGAGCCAACGGAGCCAACGGCGCCGGCGUCGCCGGCACUCCACGACCAAACCUGAUCUUCAAGCCAAGAGAGGAGUCGCCGGCCUCCUUUGCGAGAGGGCUCUCGCGGCCCGACACGCCCGCCCAGGCCGGCGACCCAGCCGCCCCGCCUCAGCCAGCUGCAGCUGCGCCCAAGGUCACGGCCGAAGCCAUGCCGAUCCCGCCCGACUCGGACGACUACAACCCGGACGACACCUAUCGCUGCAUCAUCAACCUGAGCCUCAACAUGGCCUCCAUGCUGUACACGGACAAGUUCGAGUGGUCCCUGCUCCACCCCCCCGGCACAGCCGAAGCCUUUGCGAAGACGACCUGCGCAGACCUGGGGCUGACCGGGGAGUGGAUUCCCGCCAUGACGCACGCCAUCUACGAGUCGGUGCUGCGGCUGAAGAAGGAAGCAUGCGAGGCGGGCGGCUUGGUGGCCGGCUGGGGCGGCCUGCAGCAGGACCUGCCCAAUGACGCGGCCCUGGGCUCGGAAGCCGGCUGGCGGUACGAUCCCGACCAUCUGGCGGGCGACUGGGAGCCCAAGAUUGAGAUGCUCAGCAAGGAGGAGAUGGAGAAGCGCGAGGGCGAGCGCGAGCGCGAAGCCCGGCGGCUCCGCCGGGAAACAGCCCGGUUCAGCUCCACGGCCGGCAUGCUGGGCGGCACGCCGUUUGGCGGCGGCGGCGCCGCUGCCGCCGCCGCCGAGCCCCCGGAAGAGGAGCGCAUGGGCCGGGGCGAGCGGUCAAAGAAGAAGCGGAGGUUCCGGAGCCUGAGCCCCCCCCACCCACGCGGCGGGACGCCCGGCGGCGGGGCCCGCGGCACCCCCGACGUCGGCGGCUACGGCGGAGGAGGCGCCCUGACCGACGUCGAGAGAAGCACCUGGCGCUGCACGCACUGCCGCGUCUGGGGAACCAGCGUCUGGGCAGUCCGCGACGGACCAGCCGGGCCAAAGUCGCUCUGCGCCAACUGCGGCUACCUGUACGAGCGCGACCGCCGACUCCCCCGCCAGACCAAGAACCUCCAUCUGGCAGACCACCGAGCAGCCUAG